AUGUCACUACCAGCAAGUGCAGAGAAUAACAUUGCAAGAGCAAAGGAACUCUUUAAGAAACUUAGAGAGGAGGACCCUUCGAAUAAGGUCUGUUUCGAAUGCAGGGCUGCCAAUCCUCAAUGGGCAUCAGUGUCCUAUGGCAUCUUCAUCUGUCUAGAGUGCAGUGGUGUGCACAGGAGUCUAGGCGUACAUCUCAGCUUUGUUAGAAGUCUUUCAAUGGAUAAGUGGUCGGACAAGCAGUUGGAGGCAAUGUCUGUUGGUGGAAACACAAAGUGUCGAGAGUUCUUUAAGAAGCAUGGUGUUCCCGAUGGAUCGGACAUCAAGAACAAGUACAAUCACAAGGGUUGCGCGUUAUAUAGGGAGAAGAUAACUGCAUUGGCCGAGCAAAAGUCGUGGAGGGAGCCAGACGCCUCUGCUUCACCAGCACCAUCAUCAACCAAACAAUCAUCAUCAUCUUCAUCUUCAUCAUCAGCACCAUCAACUCCAACAGCAAAGAAGAGUAGCACUGUUGUAUCGAGAGGAUUCGACGAUUGGGAUGACUGGGACAAGUCGUCGGCCAAGAAGCAGUCGGCCUCAUCACCAACCGUCAUCAAGAAGGAUAAAGAGAGAGAGCGCGAGAGAGAUCGUGAGCGCGAGAGAGACUCAACACCUCCAGCAACCUCGAAACAAUCACUCGUCAACUCAUCUGGCGGCUACAACACUAGCAGUCGAUCAUUCUCCUCCAACUCGUCGUCAUUCAGCUCAAACGAUUCGCCACCCUCCAACUCCAGCAGCAACAACUACUCGUCUUCGUCGUCAAAGUCAUACUCAUACAACAGCGGCAGCAGCAACAGUUCGGCAAACACAAGCGAUCCCCGUCUGCAACAGUUUAGCAACGCUCGAUCAAUCUCAAGCGCGGACUACUAUGGCGACAACAAUGGCGGCGGCAACAACUACCAACGAUCAUAUAACAACAACAACAACAACGGCUCAGCAAUCGACUAUGGCAUGUCCCUGAUCGGAGAGGGAUUCCAAAAGCUUACAACUGUGGCCAGCACCGUGUCCAACAAGUAUCAAGAUGGCACAUUAAUGAACGAUGCAUCCAACCUCAUAAAUAACUACCUCCAGAAGGCCAAGGACAUUGUCAAUGGCAAUGAAUCGGAUAGUUCGUCGUAUGGCGGCGGUGGAAGUGGAUACAACUCUGGUGGCGGCUACGGCUACAACUCUGGCGGCUACGGCAGCGACAGUAUGCGAAGCAGUAAUGGAAAUGGCGGUGGUGGCUAUGGAAAUGGCAACGGUAAUGGCAAUGACAACCUGAGAAACAGUGGCAGCAGCAACAGCAGCAGCGCCAAGAUGUCAUCGUCCAACAGCUCGCUCAAGACAUCGUCCAGUGGAGCCAAGGGCAGCAGCAGCAGCGGCAUCAAGUCUGGCAGCACCUCGAUCAAGAAGUCUCAGGUGGCCGACGACGACGAGUUUGUUGGCUGGGACGUCAAGAGCGACAGUGACGACGACAAUGACAAAACCAUUAGCAAGAGCGGCAACAGCAACAAGAGCAACAGCAGCUCGAACAACAACAGCAAGCCAAGCAGCGACAAUGAUAAUGCUGAGGGCGGCGCCGGCAAGGAUUCGUGGGUGUGGGGUGAGGAGGAAACGACCUCUCCAGCCAAGUCGUCAUCCAAGCACAGCAAGUCCUCGAGCACCAAGGCAACAGCAGCGGCAUCAUCAUCACCAUCAACGACUACAGGAAGCAAAAAGACAACGUCCACUACUGAGUGGGAGGGAUGGGAUGACUAA